AUGCACGUGCCCGCGGCGUCGUUGAUCCUCGCGGCGUCGUUCCUGGUGACGCAGGUCCGCACCCACAUAAUCGCGUGGCGAGAAACGAGGAGGGAAGGACCGAUACGGGACGCGAUCGAGAGCGGCGCCGCCACCGAGUCCAACAAGGAUUGCAUCUGGAAGCGCGGAAACGACCGCGACGUCUGCCCCGAUCCGGAUGUGCACGUGUACCUGUACACGCCCGGCCAGCCGCGGCGGCUGCUGGACCCCCGGGAGCAGACCGACUGGCUGCGACGGGAAUACGAACCCACCAAGGACAACGUGAUUUUAAUUCACGGAUACGCAGGUGGCGACGACACGUUACCGAUUGUCAUUUUACGCGACGCCUACCUGAAGAAUGGCAGCUACAAUGUAUUCCUGGUCGAUUGGGGUGCGUUAUGCGCUCGACCAUGUUACCCGGCAGCGGUGGCAAAUAUACGACCGGUGGCGAGAUGUCUCGCCGGCGCUCUAACGACCUUGAGAAAUCUCGGACUGCAGAUCGCCAGAACUACCUGCGUCGGGCAUUCCCUGGGCGCUCAUAUUUGCGGCAUUAUGGCUAAUUAUCUUCUCUUCAGAAUGCACAGGAUAAUCGGCUUGGAUCCCGCGCGACCGCUCGUCCGACCGGGCCCGGUGAACCGUCUUGACGCCGGCGACGCCGCCUUCGUCGAGGUGAUACACACCAACGCCGGAUAUUACGGCGAAACCGGUCGCGUCGGCCACGUGGACUUUUGCGUGAACGGCGGCAAGGUGCAGCCGUUCUGCGCGAAUCGGGAGAUGUACCAGCUGUGCAGCCACGUGUGGGCAGUCUGCUUCAUGGCGCAGAGCGUGGACGACGGCGGGGCGGCCAUGAUCGCGGAGUCUUGCUCCAGGAGGUGUCAGUCGGAUUCGAGAAUCGCCUCUAAAGCGGGAGAAUACGUAAUGAUGGGACAGUACACCCCGAUGGGCACCAGAGGAUCCUUUUGCUUCAGCAACUCCAAUCCACCGUACUGCCCGAGGCACUGGAACGGCCACGGCGACGAGAGAUGCUGCAUUCCGGAGGUGGCGAGCAACGAGGAGAUAGAAGAAAACAACGUUAAGUAUGACAAUUUAACGAAACAUUUUAAAUCGGCAAAGCGUUUGAACUUCGAACUCGACUUAACGCGACUGCGUUAG